GCCCACCGCUCCGGCCCCUUGCACCCCGGGGCCGCGCAGCUUUGUUCUUGCGCAGCCGCUGGGCUGGCUGCCGGGCUGCUUUUCUCCCUUUUUCCUAGUUUUCUGUUCUCCCACACCUGUUUUAAGUUCUCUUGACCUCUUCUAGAAGCUAAGUUCCCAGCUUCCCCUUUUUACUGCAUUGAUUUAGUUACUUGUUUUAGAACCAGUUUUGUCUUGGGACUCCGGGUCUGGGGGAAGCCCCCAGACUUACCACCGGUCUUGUCUAGAGACUGAGUUUGCUUGCUUCGAGGGAGGGUGGCUGGGGCUGCUGGCAGGUGCCCCUCGGGAGGGCGCUGCCUAGGCCGGCGUCUUCCCGGACACGCUGCUUCCAGGGGAUCCCACCCAGGACUCGAAACCCCGCUGGCCUCCCUUUGCGCGGCGCCCACCAGGAAAUGUUCCAAUAGACCCUGACGCUGUCUUCCUGGCCAAGAAAUGCUUGUCUCCCAGCACAAGAGAGCCGUGGCCGGCCCGCGAGGGUGCACAGCGGCCCUGUUCCUCCCGGUGCUGCUGCUGUGGGGCUCGGGCGGCGGCUGCCAGGCCCAAAGGGCAGGUUGCAAAAGUGUUCAGUACGACCUGGUCUUCCUCCUGGAUACGUCCUCCAGCGUGGGCAAGGAGGACUUCGGGAAGGUGCAGAAGUGGGUGGCCAACCUGGUGGACACCUUCGAGGUGGGACCCGAGCACACCCGCGUGGGGGUCGUGCACUACAGCGACCAGCCCACCACAGCCUUCGAGCUGGGCCAGCUGGGCUCUCGGGAAGCGGUCAAGGCGGCCGCGCAGCUGCUGACCUACCACGGCGGCAAUACCAACACGGGCCACGCCCUGCGCUUCAUCACCCGCCACAGCUUCUCCCCGCAGGCUGGCGGCCGCCCUGGGGACCGUGCCUUCAAGCAGGUGGCCAUCCUCCUGACCGAUGGCCGCAGCCAGGACCUGGUACUUGGUGCUGCGGCCGCUGCCCGCCGCGCGGGCAUCCGCGUCUUCGCCGUGGGUGUCGGGGACGCCCUGCGGGAGGAGCUGGAGGAGAUGGCCUCUGAGCCCAAGGCUGCCCACGUCUUCCACGUAUCCGACUUCAACGCCAUCGACAAGAUCCGGGGCAAGCUGAGGCGCCGCCUGUGUGAGAACGUGCUCUGCCCCAGUGUCCGUGUGGAAGGAGACCGCUUUAAGCACACCAAUGGAGAAACCAAGGAAAUCACAGGUUUUGACCUGAUGGAUUUGUUCAGAGUGAAGGAGAUCCUGGGGAAGAGAGAGAACGGAGCGCACAGCUCCUAUGUCCGGAUGGGGUCCUUCCCUGCGGUGCAGAGGACGGAGGAUGUGUUCCCGCAGGGCCUGCCUGACGAGUACGCCCUUGUCGCCACCUUCCGGGUCAGGAAAGCGUCCCGGAAAGAAGACUGGCAUAUCUGGCAGGUCAUCGACCAGUACGGCAUCCCACAGGUCUCCAUCCGGCUGGACGGCGAGAACAAGGCCGUGGAGUACAACGCUGUGGGCGCCGUGAAGGACGCCGUCAGGGUGGUCUUCCACAGUCCCUGGGUCAACGACCUCUUCGACCGGGACUGGCACAAGCUCGCCCUGAGCAUCCAGGCCCAGAAUGUCUCCCUCUAUGUCGACUGUGCGCUGGUGCAGACGCUGCCCAUCGAGGAGAGAGAGAACAUCAAUGUCCAGGGCAAGACUGUGAUCGGCAAGCGCCUCUACGACAGCGUGCCCAUUGAUUUCGACCUGCAGCGCAUCGUGAUUUACUGUGACUCCCGACAUGCAGAGUUGGAGACGUGCUGUGACAUCCCCUCUGGCCCAUGCCAGGUGACCGUGCUGGCAGAGCCCUCGCCCCCACCCCAGCCGCCUCCUGUCACCAGCAGUGAACAGAUCGGGUUUUUGAAGACCAUCAACUGUUCCUGCCCAGCUGGAGAAAAGGGUGAAAAGGGCUCUGAUGGCCCCGUGGGACUCCCUGGCCCAAAGGGCGACUCGGGAGCCACUGGGCUGGCUGGAGCUCCAGGACCCAAGGGCGAGAAAGGCGACAUGGGCCGAGGGUCUUCUGUCCAAGGAGGAAAGGGUGAGAAGGGGUCCCUGGGCCUGCCUGGUCCCCCUGGGAGAGACGGCAGCAAAGGCAUGAGGGGGGAGCCCGGGCUGCCCGGUGAGGUGGGCAUGUGGGGAUCCCAAGGACUGCCUGGACCUCCCGGAUCUCCCGGACAUGUUGGAGCUCCUGGCCUCCAAGGAGAACGGGGUGAAAAGGGGACUCGAGGAGAAAAGGGGGAGCGAGGCCUGGAUGGACUCCCUGGGCACGGAGAGAUAGGAGAGCAGGGAAGACCUGGGCCCCCUGGCAUGGCCGGGCCCCAGGGAGAGAAGGGAGACGUGGGGCCCGCAGGGCCUCCUGGCGUCCCGGGCUCCGCGGUGCAGAGAGAGGGUCUGAAAGGCGAACAGGGAGCACCGGGACCACGAGGCCACCAGGGCCCAGCUGGGCCGCCAGGAGCUCAGGGUCUGAUGGGUCCAGAGGGCAAGGACGGGCCUCCUGGUCUGCAAGGUCUCCGAGGGAAGAAAGGUGAAGUGGGCCCACCUGGGAUCCCUGGAUUGCUCGGGCUGCAGGGCCCUCCAGGACCCCCUGGCAUCCCAGGCGCCCCUGGACCCAAAGGCCCCCCGGGCUUGCCUGGUGAGAUCGGCUUCCCGGGAAAAGCUGGGCACCCGGGGCAGGCGGGGCCACCUGGAAAGGACGGGCCGAAUGGACCCCCGGGCCUGCCGGGACCCAAGGGAGAGCCUGGAGGAAGAGGAGAAGAUGGUCUGCCCGGGAAACCUGGCCUCAGGGGUGAAGUUGGGAAGCAGGGCCUGGCAGGUCGACCUGGAGAGAAGGGGGAGGCAGGCCUCCCAGGCAUACCAGGACCCCCGGGCGUGAGGGGCGAGAGGGGAGAGCAGGGGGAGAGAGGUGAACGGGGCCUCCUGGGACCGAAAGGCGACCGAGGUGGCAAGGGUGAAGCUGGCCCAGCAGGCCCCCCUGGCUUACCUGGAACAACCUCCCUGUUCACACCGCACCCGAGAAUGCCAGGAGAACCGGGGCCAAGAGGAGAGAAGGGCGACCCCGGCAUACCCGGCAAACAGGGGCCUCAGGGCCGUCCCGGAGAACUGGGGCCUCGGGGACCCACCGGACCGCAGGGUGCCAAGGGACAGGAAGGCACACGCGGGGCCCCUGGAGCAGCCGGAAGCCCCGGCACCCCUGGCAGCAGAGGCCACCCUGGGAAAGAGGGGGAGCGCGGUGAGAAGGGAGCAGCAGGCGAGGAAGGGCGCCCUGGAACAGCUGGCCCCAGGGGAGAUCCUGGCGCCCCUGGGCUCCCUGGGCCGCCCGGAAAAGGCGAAGAUGGAGAGGCAGGUCCUCGAGGGCCACCUGGAUCACCUGGGCCUCCAGGAGCCAAAGGAGAGCGAGGUGCACCUGGGAUCCCUGGCCCUCCUGGCAGCCACGGCGACCCGGGCAUUGGGAUCGCCGGCCCCCCUGGCCCUUCAGGAUCUCCAGGAGACAAAGGGCCCCCGGGAUCUCGAGGCCCACCUGGAUUCCCCGGCCCCCAGGGACCAGCUGGCCAGGAUGGCCUACCAGGAAGUACAGGAGAAAGAGGGCCUCCUGGCACACCAGGCCUCUCUCCACUACUGUCUCCUGGGGACAUAAAUCUCUUGGUUAAGGAUGUGUGCAGUGACUGCCCUCCAGGCCCCCCAGGCCUCCCUGGUCUGCCAGGUUUUAAAGGGGACAAAGGGCUCCCAGGAAAGCCAGGGAGAGAAGGCACAGAAGGGAAAAAGGGAGAUGCCGGGCCCAGGGGCCUCCCAGGGCCUCCGGGAAUAGCUGGGCCACAGGGAAGUAAAGGAGAUCACGGUGCAGACGGAGAGGCCGGCGGGAAAGGGGACCAGGGUCACCCAGGAGUUCCAGGUUUCAUGGGGCCUCCAGGGACCCCUGGACCACCAGGAGCGGAUGGAGUCGUGGGAGCUGCGGGACCGCCAGGCACCCAGGGACUGCCGGGGAAAGAAGGUCCUCCCGGCCCACCAGGCCCGCCUGGAUUACCUGGAAUCCCAGGAGAAGAAGGCAGAGGGGGCAGAGACGGAAAGCCAGGUGCCCCCGGAGCGCCGGGCAGAACAGGAGAGCGGGGUGUGCCAGGACUGGAGGGAGCCCGAGGCCCGCCGGGCUUCAAGGGACACACAGGCGAUUCUGGUGUACCUGGUCCCCGGGGAGAGCCUGGUGUCAUGGGGCCCCCUGGCCAGGAAGGGGCCCCAGGAAAAGAUGGUGACACUGGACCCACAGGGCCACAGGGUCCCCGAGGACUGAGGGGCCCUCCGGGUAAGAAUGGAUCCCCGGGAUCUCCAGGAGACCCUGGCCCCCCGGGAAACCCAGGUCAGAAGGGAAGCAAAGGAGAAAAUGGCAGCCCGGGGCUCCCUGGCUUCCUGGGGCCCCGGGGGCCUCAGGGAGGACCAGGAGAGAGUGGCAGCCCAGGCAAGGAGGGAGCCCCUGGGAAGCCCGGAGAACCAGGACCCAAAGGAGAAAGGGGGGAUCCUGGCAUCAGAGGUGACAAAGGACCUCCUGGUGGGAAGGGCCAGCCUGGGGACCCUGGAAUUCCAGGUCACAAAGGCCACACAGGCCUGAUGGGUCCCCAAGGGCCACCUGGGGAGAAUGGAGUGACUGGGCCCCCAGGGCCUCCAGGCCAGCCAGGAUUUCCCGGACCGAGGGGGGAGCCUCCAGCCCUGGACACCCUGCGGCGGCUCAUCCAGGAGGAACUCGGGAAGCAGCUGGAACCCACACUUGCCCACCUCCUGGCCCAGAUGCCCCCAGCACACACGAAGGCAUCGCAAGGCAGACCUGGGCCCCCGGGACCCCCCGGGAAAGACGGGCUUCCAGGCCAGGCAGGCCCCGGGGGGGAGCCCGGACGGCCUGGGCAGGGGGGUCUGGAAGGACCCUCUGGACCAGCAGGUCCCAAAGGUGAGCGAGGAGCCAAAGGUGACCCAGGGGCACCUGGAGCUGGCCUCCGAGGCGAGAUGGGCCCCCCUGGAGUCCCAGGUCAACCCGGGGAGCCUGGCUAUGCUAAGGAUGGGCUCCCUGGGAGUCCCGGCCCCCGAGGGGAGACAGGACCAGCUGGACACCCCGGCCCCCCAGGACCCCCGGGCACCCCCGGCCAGUGUGAGCCCUCCCAGUGUGCCUACUUCGCCAGCCUCGCUGCCCGACCUGGGAAUGUGAAGGGCCCCUAGGGGGUUCCGGAAUGCCCAGAGACAGCAACAGAUUCCCGGAACUUGAACUCAGACCCCGAUGGGAAGCCGGAGGUCUUAAAAUAUCUCAGCCAUGUGGGCUUUUUCUUUCUUUCUUUUAUCAUUUGUUUUUGUCUUAUUUUCUUGAGUGACCUCAACAUUAUUAAAACCAACAGAUGCUGCCGGUUGGUCAGAUUAUUAUUAAUAUUAUUAUUAAUUAUUUUUAUUAUUCUUUCAUAUGAUAAUGCUGUGUGCGUUUUCUCCCUCCUCUAAGGGUGGGAAACCUUGACUGUGGGGUGGCAGGUUGUUCCUGCGUUCUUCAGCCCCCAUCCGAAGUGUAGCCACGGAUCUUAAGGAAACUCUUGGUGCUAUGAAACACUGACCAGGCACUUGCCAAAUUUGCCACUGUCCUCAACGGACACCAAGGAAAUGAGGCAGGGAGAUUCCACUCUUGGUCAUGCACAGACAUCACCCAGGGAGAAAUUAUAUCCAAAGGUUGCCACUUCCCAGGAGAGACAAGCAAAGUGGGAAGAGAAAUAAUCUGAAGCCAUGAAGAACCUUCUCGGCCCCUGAUGGGAAGUGCACACAGGGAGCCCAGAAUCGUCCCAAGGGAGCUCAGUGUUCCAGGCUCAUAGCGGGGAGGCAGUGGCGCUGUGGUUGGCGAGGCGUCCUGGAGUCCUGUGUCUGGGCCACAGAUCCGGAGGCUGGCAUGGAGAAAACAGCCCCUGCGUGUUAAUUGGCUCCUAGGCCAUGGACAGGACUCCCUCAAGCUUCUCACUGUUGGUUUCAAUCACUUUAAUUGUAAAAUCAGGGGGUCCAGCGACCGCGCCUGUGCUUCCCUGGUAGUGGGCAAUUGGCCAAAGCACUGGCCAGAGCUGGGAAGUCUGUGCUUCUAUCUGCCUCUGAAAUGAACUGCACUGAGUGUAUGUGUGUAUGUGACACGCCCGGCAUGAACAGGUGCUCAAUAAAUCUGAGUUUCCUUGUCCUCA